AGGGGCUAGGGUGGCAUGUGCUUGCCAACAAAGCUACCCGGAAAGAGACCGAGCCGGGCCCCUCCCAGCCGCAGGGGCCCGGGCGCGCAGCACGGGAGGACCCAAGGACGUCACAGACGCGCGGCCGUGCCUCCAGCCCGCCCCCCGCGCACCUUCUCUCUCUUCCCAGGGACGCGGCGGCCGCCCGGCACCCUCCUGGACGCUCUCGCCCGCUGCAGCCGCCGGCUCCCGCCGCCGGGCCUCAACUUGGCAUCUCUGAGCAUGCUCCGCUCCUGGCCACGGCUCUGCGCCUCCGCGCGCGGCCUCCGGGACCCCCGGUCCAAGGGAUGGGUUGGCUACUUUUCUACCAGCUCGCGUCACCACACCAAAUUUUACAAGGAUCCAGUGGAAGCUGUGAAAGACAUCCCUGAUGGUGCCAAGAUCCUGGUUGGUGGUUUCGGGUUAUGUGGAAUUCCAGAGAAUCUUAUUGGAGCUUUACUCAAGACCGGGGUCAAAGGGCUCACAGCGGUCAGCAAUAACGCAGGGGUUGACAACUUCGGCCUGGGCCUUUUACUUCAGUCCAAGCAGAUAAAACGCAUGGUCUCCUCGUACGUGGGAGAAAAUGCAGAAUUUGAACGACAGUACUUAUCUGGUGAAUUGGAAGUAGAGCUGACACCUCAGGGCACACUCGCAGAGAGGAUCCGGGCCGGCGGGGCCGGGGUGCCUGCCUUUUACACGAGCACAGGCUAUGGGACCCUGGUGCAGGAAGGAGGGGCACCGAUCAAGUACAACAAGGACGGCAGCGUCGCCAUCGCCAGCAAGCCCAGAGAGGUGAGAGAGUUUAAUGGUCAACAUUUCAUUUUGGAGGAAGCAAUUACAGGAGACUUUGCCUUGGUGAAAGCCUGGAAGGCCGACCGUGCAGGAAACAUAAUUUUCAGGAAAAGUGCACGGAAUUUCAACUUGCCCAUGUGCAAAGCGGCGAAAACCACAGUGGUAGAGGUUGAAGAAAUUGUGGAUGUUGGAUCGUUUGCCCCAGAAGACAUCCAUAUUCCUAAGAUUUAUGUACACCGCCUUAUAAAGGGAGAGAAAUAUGAGAAAAGAAUUGAGCGUGUAUCAGUUCGGAAAGAGGAAGAUGUAAAAACCAAGCCUGGAAAACCUGGAGAUAACGUGAGGGAACGGAUCAUCAGGCGGGCAGCCCUCGAAUUUGAGGACGGCAUGUACGCUAAUUUGGGCAUAGGGAUCCCACUUCUGGCCAGCAACUUUAUCAGCCCGAAUAUGACUGUUCAUCUGCAAAGCGAGAACGGAAUCCUGGGUUUGGGUCCAUACCCUUUACAAAAUGAAAUUGAUGCAGAUCUAAUCAAUGCAGGCAAGGAAACGGUUACUGUUCUUCCAGGAGCCUCUUACUUCUCCAGCGAUGAGUCAUUUGCGAUGAUUAGAGGAGGGCAUGUCAACCUGACAAUGCUAGGGGCGAUGCAGGUGUCCAAGUACGGCGACCUGGCCAACUGGAUGAUCCCUGGGAAGAUGGUGAAAGGAAUGGGAGGUGCGAUGGAUCUAGUGUCUAGCGCCAAAACCAAAGUGGUGGUCACCAUGGAGCACUCUGCAAAGGGAAAUGCACAUAAAAUCAUGGAGAAAUGUACAUUGCCAUUAACUGGAAAACAAUGUGUCAACCGCAUCAUUACUGAAAAGGCCGUGUUUGACGUGGACAACAAGAAAGGGCUGACUCUGAUCGAACUCUGGGAAGGCCUGACGGUGGAUGACAUAAAAAAGAGCACUGGGUGUGACUUUGCGGUUUCACCAACACUCAAGCCAAUGCAGCAGAUCACAACCUGAAAUGUGGAGUAAACAUUUGUCCCAGGAUGUGUUGUUUUCAUUUUAAUCACAUACUAUUUUGUGGAAAGGUCUUCAGUAAUCAUAUCUGUAUAUUAAACAAACAGUUAUUGACUAGGUUUUUCUAACAUUUUAUACUUUAUGCAGCCUCUUCUCUCAAGUGUGCUAUGACAUUUUACUGAAAAACAGAAAAAAAUAUAAUUAUCUUAUUUGUGUUAUAAGUACUGAGAAGGAUGUCUUUACGAUUGGUGCUCACAUUGGAUUUUUCUCCAUCUUCUGUGGUACCUACACUGAGUUGUGUGCAGUUUGUAUCAAGAUGGGCCCAUAGGAAGAGUUUCAUUGACGUACUUUACCUCCAACCGAAAUGAUGAAGAAAAGAACAAGGGGGAAAAGUGACUCCCCCCGAAGACACCCAAGGCUGCACGGUGCUAGUUCUGAAAGAUAACUGUACGGGAAUUUCAAUUAGGAGAGGUGCCGUCUUAACGACUGUUUUUCCUUUGGUUGCCUCUGUCUUUUCUUUUGGAGCCUCUAAUGGUGUGAUUCUGUCGUCUUCCUCGAGCGCCUCUCUUCCACCCACACUUUCUGUAACUAAAAAGCCUCCUACAGAGGAAAGCAGGAAUGUUGCUGUGUGGGAGAAGGUAACUGGCCCACGGGAAAGGCUAACGGUGCAGGGCCUGUGGUGCUGACGUCCACCGAAGGCUGCCUUUACCAACCCGCCCACCAGCCCACCAACCACCUGUGCUUUGCCGAGUCCUCGCGGACCCGGUCAAUGUUCUUGUUUUGAAUCAGUGCGGUAUUCGUACAUGUCCACGUGGUCUUUACGAGUCUUUCCUCUGUGUUACUGAGGACCAGUGGGCUACUUGAACAAUACCUGCUCUUAAGCCAAGAGGGCUGUGGGAUAAUUUAUCAUGAAUCCAUAGUCACAGUGAACACACAGGGUUUGUUUGUUUGUUUUUUUAAAUUUAGGCUUCUUAUUUCUGGUCAGAAAAGUUUCUAAAUACUGAAUGCCUUUUUCUGCAGAACAAUGUUCUUUAUUCUGACCAGGCUCUUUCCUUGAACAAAGCGCUUUUAAUUCAACUUUAUCCAAAUAUGGUAGGUACAUAAGGAUGAGCAAAUCGAGGAUUUGAAGAGCAGCGAGUAUGUUUUCACUGUCAGAAAGGAAACACUGUGGAGUCGGUGUUGUAAGGAACUUCUCAUCAGAGGCAUCCUCUGUACCAAACUGGCCCAGGGGGUAACCAAGCACCCUGGCUAACAAAUGGUGAAAAGUCUAGGCACCCUGCAGACAGGCCAGACCUGUCCUCCACGCGGUGGCAGGUGUGGCAGAGUGUGAAGCCAUUCCCCCUGCACCAGGUACAGGAGCGUGUGCAUGGCUUCCAGUGAUGGUUGUCAUCAAAACUCACUUUCUCUUCAAAUGCAGCGACUGUGUGUCAUGCAAGGUGUUAGAGGGAGGAGAGAGGCUUCUGUUUUCCCCCCCAAGACGCACACUCCAUAUAUACAAUAGUCUGUUCCACUGGCUUCAUGGUUGAAAGCAUACUCUCCCGGGACUAGUAAAAUGGACUCUUUUUAGAAUUUGUGGGGUCUAGAGAAUAAUGUAUAUCUAUGUCGGUGUUAAAAUUGGGAAAAAUGUAUGUUAUGGAUGGUUGCUGUAUUUGUCAACCUGCUUAUUAUUUCUAGCCUGUUACUUUACGGUAAUGUGUUUCUAAGGAUGUUCCCAACUUUGAAUGGCAAAACCUAAGUAGAUGUCUUUAUAUUCUUGAUUAAAGAGUACCAUGGAUAAAUAAGAAAUGCAGUAAGAAAUUCAAUAAAUAUU